UUCGAAGAAGUGGAGGGCAAGAGGCUCUCUCUCUCUCACACACACUCACAAUCGCCGGCUCCUCUGCGUCUCCAUCGUCGCGUCUCUGUGCAUCCCUCGUCGUUGUCGUCGCGUCCUCAUCAGGCGUGGCUCGGCGUCGCUGCUGCCUCCCCCUCGCCAGUCACUGCUUCACCGUGACAGCUUGGUUUCUCUCUUCUCUGCCGUGUCCUGCAACUCGGUGCAUCAGCCAUCAGGAUCAGUUUGAUCGAUUCAACCAAUAAAAUUUAUCGAUUGAACCAAUAAACCAAUAGUUUGAUCGAUUUGAUCACCAAUAAUAAUUCGAGGGGUUUUGCGACAUUUCAUUUCAAAACCCUUUCACUGCAAAGCCACUGUCAGCGACAGAUGCAAUUGCCUGCUGCGGCGGCGCGUGCGCCCACAUGGUUUUCCACGCGUCGCCUUCUCGAUGAAAAGCUCUCCGACCUCCACCGCUGCUCAAACCUCAACACCGUGAAGCAAAUCCAAGCUCAAGUCCUCAAGAACGACCUCCACCAAGACCCUUACGUCGCACCGAAACUCGUCGCCGCGUUCUCCCUCUCCCGCCACCUCCCCUCCGCCGUCAACGCAUUCAACCUCGUAACCAACCCCAACGCCCACCUCUACAACACUCUCAUCAGAGCUCAGGCCCAAAACAAGGCUCACCCUUCCGUCGCAUUUGAAACCUUCUUCCAGAUGCAGAGGAGCGGUGUUUUUUCAGAUAGCUUCACCUACACGUGUCUGUUGAAAUCUUUUGACGGUUAUAGCUGUUUUCGGAUGGUGCAGAUGAUCCACGCACAUGUGGUCAAGUUUGGGUUUUUCGGGAGUGAUAUAUUUGUGCCGAACUCGUUGAUAGAUUCGUAUUGUAAAUGUGGGGGUGCUGGAAUGGAUGCGGCAAUUUGGUUGUUUUUAGAGAUGGAGGAACGGGAUGUGGUGACUUGGAACUCUCUGAUUGGUGGGUUGGUGAGAGGUGGUGAGUUUGAGAAAGCCUGCAAGGUGUUUGAUGAAAUGCCUGAGAGGGAUAUGGUUAGUUGGAACAUCAUGUUGGAUGGGUAUGCUAAGGUUGGGGAGAUGGGGAAGGCGUUUGAGAUGUUUGCGGGAAUGCCCGAGAGGAAUGUUGUGUCAUGGGCAUCGAUGGUUUGGGGUUAUUGUAGAGCCGGGGAUAUGAAUAUGGCGAGGAUGUUGUUCGAUAAGUGUCCUGGGAAGAACUUGGUGAUCUGGACCACUAUGAUAUCUGGGUAUGCUGAGAAGGGGCUUGUUAAUGAGGCAACAAAGUUGUAUGAUAAGAUGGAGGGAGUUGGGAUGAGGAUUGAUGAUGGGUUUCUGAUAAGUAUUUUGGCUGCAUGUGCCGAGUCUGGAAUGGCUGCGUUGGGGAAAAGAAUUCAUGCUUCUGUUGAGAGGUGGAGGUUUAGGUGUAGCACUAAGGUGUUGAACGCAUUCAUCGAUAUGUAUGCGAAGUGUGGUUGUGUGGAUGUUGCCCUUGGUGUCUUUAGUAGGAUUGAAAAGAAAGAUUUGGUGUCUUGGAAUUCCAUGAUUCAAGGGUUAGGCAUACAUGGACGUGGUGAGAAAGCACUUGAGCUUUUCACGAGGAUGGUACAUGAGGGUUUUGAACCGGACAAAUAUACAUUCAUUGGUCUUUUAUGUGCUUGCACCCAUGCAGGCCUUGUCAAUGAAGGGCGUAGUUACUUCUAUUCAAUGGAGAAAGUGCAUGGGAUUGUUCCUCAAGUUGAGCACUAUGGUUGUAUGAUUGAUCUUCUUGGUCGAGGGGGACACCUGGAGGAAGCUUUUCAGCUUGUGCGCAGCAUGCCUAUGGAGCCAAAUGAAAUAGUCUUGGGAACUCUUUUGGGGGCUUGUCGAAUGCAUAAUGAUGUAGAUCUUGCAAAAGCUGUGUGCGAAUACUUGUUUGAGUUGGCACCACUGGAUCCUGGAAAUUUCAACCUUUUGUCAAACAUUUAUGCUCAAGCAGGGGAUUGGGUGAAUGUUGCUAGUGUAAGGUGGCAAAUGAAGAACACAGGAAGCCAAAAGCCUUCUGGAGCUAGUUCCAUUGAGGUAGAAGAGGAAGUGCAUGAAUUUACAGCAUUUGAUCAGUCACACCCUAAAUCAGAUGAUAUAUAUAGAAUGAUUGACAGAUUGAUAAAGGACAUUAGGCAGGUUGGAUAUGUUCCAAAGGCUUACGUCAGCCGAAGUGAUGCUUAUAGUUUUAACUUUUAAGAAAUGAAUAUGAAGAUUUAAUUGCAUACGUUGCUGUUGUAUUAAAAGUAAGGAUGUCAUCAUAUACUUCGCAGCUGCAGCUGCAGCUUGUGGUUUAGCAAAACAGAGAAAUUGUAUGCAGGGACCAGCUUGUGCUUACGGUGGCAGCAGCACUGUUGUAAAGCCAAUGAGAGGGAACAGUUUGUAGUAGUUGUAAAAAAGAAGCUCUUCAAAUAUAAUAUACUGAGUGGCAAUUCCACUCAAUUGCACUUGUUAAUUCGAUUCUUGCUGAGCAUUAUUGAUCGGAUUUGAGACAUUCACUUGAGCAUAAGGUUAUUUCUGGAGCUAUAUGUUAUCUCUUAUUUUAUUUUAGUAUGAGCGGUUCUUGUAUCUGAUUCUGCAUGUUUUGUGGUUGUGGAUAUGUGCCUGAGAGAACUCUCACUCAAUCCCCCAUCUCCUCUUUAUGUGUCAGAUUUACUCAUGGACUCUGUGAAAUCCUGUUAUAUUCAUGAGUGGAAGUAGUGUGGAACAACUCAAUUGAAGUGAUUCACUUAAAAGUUUCUUACCCUAGUCCCUGAGUUACAAGCAACUGAAGCUAUUGGAAUUUUCUAGUUUCAACAAAGUUCCUUACGAGUAUAUUCUUGCUUCAAUUUUCAACCUGUUUCUUUUCCAUUCUGAUUUUGGAACCAGGUUUUCAGUUUUUUGGUGUCAUGUCUUAGAUCAGUCACAUGUAUGAGGAGCAUCGACUGCUUGUUGCUCAAUCAUGUGGAGAGCUUGCAGAAUUUGUAUGGCCUGAGAUUUGGGAUUCUCUUAAUUUAUCUAUUGUGCAGCAAUUCUGUUGUUGUUGUUCGAGAGGCUGCGGCUUGUAAUCUGGCUAUGCUGCUUCCACUUUUCCCAGACAUGGAUAAAUAUUUCAAGGUGGAGGAGUUGAUGUUUCAAUUGGUAUGUGACCCAUCAGGAGUGGUGGUGGAAACUUCUCUCAAGGAAUUGGUUCCAGCGUUGUCCUCCUCUUUCUGGGGUUGAAGGGUCUGCGGAAUCACAUCUGUGUGUCCUGGGUGAAAGAGAGUGCUGGAAUAUAGAUAUUCUUUUAAGAAUGCUGGUGGAAUUGCUUCCUUGGGUAGACCAGAAAGUGAUAGAAACAUGCCCCUUUUCGCACACCACUGAAACUACACAAGCUAUGGUAUCUACCUCAUUGCUCGAAAUGUAUGCCAGGGGGGCAGUUGAAUGGGAUGCAUUUGAAUGGAAGCAUGUUGAAUGCUUUCCUAAUUUGAUAGAGCUGGCUUGCAUGUUACCACAGAAAGAAGAUAAUCUUCGGAGCCAAAUUUCAAAGGUUUGAGACCAAGUUCUGCUGUUGUUGAUAGGCUCUCUACGAUGUGUGUCUUACCACUUUUGUUGGCUGGUGUUAUGGGUACUCCUGGAAAACGAACUGUUAGCAGAAUAUUUGAGGAAGCUGCUACUAGAAGAAAACCACAUGGAAAAUCCACCAACAAAGCACUCUCCUGAGAUUAUCAGUGCUAUCCGUUUCAUCUGCAUAUACGAAGAAAACCAUGGUUUGAUAUUUACUAUACUGUGGGAAAUGGUUGUCAGCACUAAUGUAAACAUGAAAAUAAAUGCCGCCAAACUGCUUAAAGCUAUUGUCCCGUAUAUUGAUGCAAAGGUUGCUUCAACUCAUGUUUUGCCUGCCCUAAUUACUCUUGGAUCUGAUCAAAACCUGAAUGUGAAGUAUGCAAGUAUAGAUGCAUUUGGUGCUGUGGCUCAACACUUAAAAAUGACAUGAUUGUUGACAAAAUACGGGUUCAAAUGGAUGCUUUUCUUGAGGAUGGCAAAGUAAAUUUUUGUUUCGCAGGCAGAACAUAUUUUUCCAUGUUGAUGGUCCUUGUGCCUUAGUCACUUUGGUAUUAUUCAACACUGCAUGUGGUUGGCAGUUUUCUUGUCUAUUUAAGUAUAAGCAAGCAAGCAGCGUUGUUGUUUAUGGAGAUUUCUUUCUUUUUUUCUCACAAUAUCUCUUGUCGUGUCUCUAACUAGCUGCUUUUAUUGUAAAACCUUUUUGCACUCUGCACUCAUAUAUGUGCUAUGUUUCAAAUGGCAAAAUAGAUUAUCAAAAUAGUGUUCAAAGCAGAGAACUCUUGAACAGUUUGUCAGAAGAUGUGAUAAAGUGGAUAGGUUGGAACAUCAGCCUGACCCAAAACGACCCCGUCAGUCAUGACUUGCGAGAUGCGCAAGAUGGAUUGGAAAGUGAAUCCGUUUCGCACAUACGAGACCGGUGGCAGGUGAAUCGGAACUUAAAUCUUUAUGUCUUCAUGCAGAAGUUUUCCUGUAGUAUUAACCAUAGGUACAUGGGGAAUUACACCUUUGAUGACACAAAUGCCUUUUGAAGUUAAAAUCCAUUGUACAACAAAUAACAGAUUAUGAGUACAACUUACAACACUAAACUAUGUUGCUGGUGCUGGAGAAUGGAGAUAAUGGUUUGGUUAUUGGGAGAAAAUGUUGAUCAAGUCUCCCAUUAGAUUUUAGGUUCCACUUGUUCUUAACUUUUUGCUCCCCUAGUUAAUGUAUGGGGCUUUGUACAGAGUAGUAUAUUAUCAUAUAUGAAUUACACGUGUAAAGAAUUUCUUUA